AAGCUCAUCAUUUUGGCAUCAUCUUGCCAUGUGUUCCUUUCAGAUCGUUCCAUGCCAGUGCUUGUUAAGUCUUUACGAUCCCAACGAGUAAGACAUGUAGCUGCAGGGGAGUAUCAUACUGCAGUUCUAACGGAGGUCAGUACACAAAAAGAAGCUUGUUCCUUACAGCAUUGAUCACAGUUUUCUCACCUUAUGUUGGCUUUCCGAAAGUAAAUGUUCAAUUUUUGUGGAGAGUACCUUGGUUUAAUCAUAGUCUCUCCAAUAAAGUCGGUUGCAGAAACUAUGGUUUAAUUGAAUAAACUGAAUUGACGCUUUCACUCCUAAUAGAACUGUCAAAGUUAAAAUUCACCAAAAAAUCCAAAUAUCUUUUUGUGAAAUUCUACCAAGCAAUUUAGUGUCAAACUCAGAAAACAGUGAAAACCUGAAGAAUUUCAGCAAUGUUGAUUAUGUCAUGUCCAAUCACAAUAAAGUUCAGCAGACACAAGUAAACCUCAAAACCACAAACUAAUUAUUACUGUUACUCUGUUGCAGUUUAGUUUUCUCAUGCCUUAUUGAGUUUUCCCUCGCAACACAACAUUCCAUAAAUAUUUCUGGUUUUCAUGGUUUUGUGAGUGUCACAGAUUUAGUACUGUGUCAAAGUUUUACAGAAGAGAAUUUUGUUUGAGGAGAGACUGUAACUUUUUGUCUACAGAUUCCAAGGUUAGAGUGACAAAUCAAGCCAUCAAAAUGUCAAGUUUCUUUGAUUGAUUUUUGUUUAAAAAAGUACUUCCAAAUCGAUUCUUAUAAAGCCAUUGCCAGCACAAACUUGAAGGUCAUGAAAAUGACUCAGGAAUUCAUCAGGUUGCUAAGGAAAUCUUGAUUAAAUUAUGAAUAACUGUUUUCUUGACUGAGUUUUGAAGAAAUUCUCCUCAUCAGUACCAAAAUAAGGAAUGUUAGGGAGAACAGUGUGGGAGUUUUAUAUGGACGAUUACAGUGUGGUUAUAUCUUUAUUAAUAAUGAAUUCAUUAUAAGUACUUGAUUUUAUAGGAUGGAGGUGUAUUCACUUGUGGGUGUGGCAGCUAUGGCCAACUUGGACAUAACUCUAACAAUCAUGAGUAUAACCCUAGAAAGGUAAUGAUCAACAACUGGUACUGUAUUGAGUAUCAGUUCAUUGUAGAUUAAAAUAAAAAGUCCCUCAACUAGAUGCCCCUCUUGGAAACAGUUCCUGCUUUUCUCCUUACAAAAGUAUUUAGAGUAAGGUCCGCCUUGCUAGCCAGUCAGUGAAAAAAGGAAAAGUGAAGAGAAUGUUAAACAAACAAACAAAAAAACAAACAAAAAAUAAACACACACAGGCAGAUGGGCCCACAUCUGACUGAAGCCUUAUGUUAUCUGAACACAUGAUAUUAUUACUGUUCCUGUCCUUUACAGGUAUUUGAGCUGAUGGGAAAAGCUGUGACCCAAAUUGCUUGUGGAAGGUAUAUUUGCACUGUGCUUGAUCAAUUCACCUUGCAUUUUGUCAUAAGCUUGAUGGACGAAAUGUACAUGAUUGUACAUGUAUAUGUACAUAGUGGAAAACUUGCUAGUGUUGUAUUUUACAUAUAAAUAAAGAUUGGUUCAGCAAUACAGCUGUAACUUGUGUAAAGCACUAAUACAACAUUUUUUUUUUCACUUUUUGUUGUUGAAGGUUGCAUACACUGGCUUAUGUUGCUUCAUCAGGAAAACUGUACUCUUUUGGGGCAGGAGAGAAUGGACAACUGGGAAACAACAGAUUGUCAAGUGUCAAUAGUCCCGUUCUUGUUCAUAGCAGCUGGCAUGUUGACACUACUGAUGGAAGUAAAUCAACACAACAGUCUGUGAUACACAGAAUUGCUGCAGGGGGAGACUUCUGUUAUUUACUUGCACCAAGAAAUGUUAGUAAUUUAUUAUUACUAAUUUGUAAAAGAUAGAAUAAAAGAAGAUAAAGCCGGGCCUAAAAAAUAUUUUUUACUGUAAAUUACUCAGAAAACUGUGAAAAACAGAAAUAUUUCCUUCAAAAAAAAAAAGGUUUAAAAGGUUGAUGCUUUGUUUAAAGUGGAAAGUGAACUUAGCUUAUCCAGGUAGUUCACGGUCAGUCCAUUCAAAUAAUCAUAAACAAUAACAUUAAACACUUAAUGACUGGUUCUGAGGGAAACAGUUAAUUUUCUUUCCCAAGAAUCUCAAUUUUUCCCAAGGUGGAGCUGAGGGGCCAGUCUUAAGUGAGUUGUUAUAUAGCUGAAAAUUUUCAGUGAAGCUGGAAAUUCAGUCAACCUCACUGUAACAGUGGUCGUCAGUCAACAUUUGCAGGGAACAGUGUACUGUUACCCCCUGACGUCUUAGAUUUUGCAAUGUUGCCUGCUAAGAGAUUAUGGCGGGAAACAGUUUCAUUGUUAGAUGUCAUGUCACCUCAUAGUAACCAAUGAUACCAUGCACUAUUGGGAAAAAAUUCUAGCCAUAUAACAAAUAAUCAUAUAUAACAUAUAUAACAGGAUUAAAAACUCCAACUGGCAGGAGUCAACCAACUGGCAAGUUACAAGCGUGCUGCUGAGGAUUUGAACUCUGGCUGACCGAGAAUGCUGAAUGUAGUUAGAGGUCAGAGUGGGACUCAAACUGGACCUGGGAUCAUGGGAUUGCGAGUUCAGCAUGCUUGCCACUCAGCCACGCUGCCUCCCUCUGUGAUAAAACUGGUCCUAAGGAUGGUUUUUUUACUGUGAAUUACUCAGAAACCUGUGUAGACUAGAAAUAUUUCUGAAAUGUUAUUGUGUGCCACGCAGGCCAGCAUGAGAACACUGCCAAACUCCAAGCUGUCCAGAACUUUGCCUGUAAAAUUGUUAGCAGGGCCCAGAGAUACGACCAUGUAACUCCCAUUCUCAGGCAACUCAAGUGGCUCCUAGUUAAAAAACAGCUGUACUAUCGCGAUUUAUUUAUGGCAUUUAAAUGAGUGAACUGCCUUGUCCCAGAGUAUCUAUCUGAUCAGUUUAUUAAACGCUCAUCUAUAUCAACCCGCAGAACUAGAGACUCACAGUUGUUAAAUAUUCCUUUAUUUAGAUCUGCAACUGGCCAAACAACUCUUUCUUAUAGAAUAAUUUCUCUCUGCAACGCUCUGCCGCAAAAUAUCAAGUUAAGUUAAUCGUUAGCACAAUUUAAGACUAUGAUGAGAAAAAGACUUCUAACGAACUCUAAUAGAACACAGCCAGGACAAGAACCCAGUAAUAAAAUUAAUAGUUUAAUCAUUAGGUACUUUACUUCCUGUAUUUUAAUUUUUAGACACGUAGAACUUCUUGUGUUUUGUUUUAUUUCAUGCCAUUCGAUUUUGUCAAAUAUUUCACUGAAAAGCCCUGUGGGGACGUGAAAUAAAUGUCUGUAUAUACAUAUAUAACACUUACCUGGACGUAUUUUGGAUUCUAAAACAGGGCAGCAACCGUGUAUCCUGUGAUUUUCGAGAGCCAGACACUUCAAAGCACCUCUGGACUUUGUCUGAACCUGAAUGCAGGAAAAUGGUUCACCUCUUUUCUUUGGGAAAUCCAUCUCCAGAAGCAUUGCAGUAAGUUUGUUUUUCAAAUUUAUGGCUGUGAAAGUUAAAUUUCCACAUACCAAUACUAUUCAGGGGCACCUUAGGACAGUUUACUCCUAAAUACAUUGAAAACACUUUUUAGGUUAACCAGAGAACGUUUAGAUCUCUAGAAAUACAUCUAAGCGGCGCUAUAAAAUUAAUUUUUGUUUUGCCAUCCUAGAGGAACUUGAGUUUUUUUUCGAAAUUACAAGGGUUCAGCACUUUUUUCCCAAAAAUUGUAGGUUGAAUUUAACGUCUUACGAAAUUGAGGAUUUUUUUGAUUCCUCCCUUCAUUACAUUUUCUCUCUUCACAGAAAGUUGGAGACAGUUUUUUCAUCUAACGCUUGCAUGUGUGGCUCAUUUCUGGACGGGUAAUUAACUCUUAAUGUAGUGAAAGCUUAACCUGUGAAUUUAGUUAUGUACGAUUUUUAGACACUUUUUAGGCUCCAUUUUCGCCGCUCUCUCGUGUCUGGUCUUGCUGAAAUCUGUACAGACUUUGUGUCCUAAAAAUUCCCGAAAACGGUAGAAUACGGUUCGUCAACAUUGUUCAUCUAAUGAUAUUGAGGGCAAAUUGCACUUCAUCUUUGAUUGUAGUCUCCACAACCGCGCAGCCGGGGUACCCUUUUGUGAUGGUAGGGUCACCGUCCUUGCCGGGCUAGACAGUAAAACAGUCCGUAUUUUUGCGUAUUCAAGUACGCGCGAGCAGUCAAACAAAAGGUCUGGAACGAGGCUGAAAACAGAGAGCGAGACUGGGGAGAGACGCUAGACCCUACGGGCGUGUGAGGAUCGCGCGCUGCGCGCGCGCAAGACUCUUACGCCAUACUUUACCGAUUUCUUUACUGAUUUUGAAAAAAAAAACCGACUGUUUUGCAGUCUAUUGCCGAGCCAUCUUUUCUGCAUAUAAACACUUUGCUUUGCCAAGGAAGGUCAACUCGCUCAAGGCGAGACAAUCAAAGCAUGCGCGAGUGCUGUUUUAGACCAUGGGAAGCUUAAGGUGGCUCCGUAAUUAAUACGAGAGCAUUUAGCUGUGACAAAUUUUCCGUCAUAACUUUUUCGAUUUUAACGUGAUGGCUGCGAAACUUUGCAAAGAACAACAGAUAUCAUUCGGCAGUAAUACGAAAUAUUCCGAUUUAAAAGGACCCUACUGUUCAAAGAAAGUCUCUUCUAGUAAAAAAUUUUGCUGAUAUUUUUUACUGAAAUUUCUGGUAUCGGCUUUAAUUGAUAUAAUAAAUAUGCCAGAGGAAUUUCAGAAAAAUCGUUGGAGCAGAAGUCCGUAACUAAAAGUGGCUCAAACUUCAGCUGUGAAAUUGUUUUGGAAUUUCAAAAAUAAAUUACUAUCAGGUAGAAGGAGCCACCAGUUUGAAUUUUCGGGACCAGUAAAUUCAACGUUUGCUUAUUCUUAAAACAAAAGCCGAUUGCCUAUCGAGCUAUUCUUUAAAACGUACUUUUUAGUUUUAGAAGCACUAUAAAUUGCUCCAAACCUUGCUCUGAAGAAUUACUUGUUCUUCGACAGUUUUAAAAUAUCCCUUGGCAGUUUUGGCUCAAACUCCUGCUGCAUACAUUUUGAUGUAUUGCAAUGCAUUUUCAACGACUUUUACUGCUGUUCGCUGCUUCAACUCAGGAAAAAAGUAUUGAGAUUGGACGCUACCUCGUAUCAGAGCUCAGAUAGAACUGUCCAGCACCUUUGUUUAUGACUACAAAAUGAGCACGAGCGGCAGUUCUGCGAGGAAUUCGCACCUCACCCAGGGAGGACGAACGACAAUGAUGACCACGCCUGUGAACCGAAUAUCAUCACAGUGCAAAAUAAAAUUAUCGCAAAAAUACUGCCCGUGAAUAAAUUUACAACUCUGAAAUUUUUGUCACUCCUUCCUUCAAUGAAUGGGUAUUUUUUUCUUGAUUAUUAUGUUUUGCUCUGCAAUACAUGUGUAUACAGAUCGGUUCACAUACCUGGGCAUCAUUGUCAUUCGUCCCCCCUGGCUGAGGUGCGAAUUCCUCGCAGAGCUGCUGCUCGUGCUCAUUUUCUGGUCAUAAACAAAGGUGCUCGACAGUUCUAUCUGAGCUUCGAUACAAGGUGGCUUACAAUCCCAAUACCUUUUUCCUGAAUUGGAAACAAUGUACAGCAGGAAAAGCCGUUGAGGAUGCAUUGCAAUACAUCAAAAUGUAUGUAGCAGGAGUUUGAACCAAAACUGCCAAGGGAUAUUUUAAAAAUGUCGAGGAACAAGUCAUUCGACGUCAGAGCAAGUUUGGAGCAAUUUAUAGUGCUUCUAAAACUGAAAAGUACCUUUUAAAGAAUAGCACGAUAGGCAAUCGGCUUCUGUUUUCAGAAUUAGCAAACACUGAAUUUACUUGUCCCGAAAAUUCAAACUGGUGUCUCCUUCUUCCUGAUAGUAAUUUAUUUUUGAAAUUCCAAAACAAUUUCACAGCUGAAUUUUGAGGGACUUUUAGUUACGGACUUCUGCUCCAACGAUUUUUCUGAAAUUCCUCUGGCAUAUUUAUUAAAUCAAUUAAAGCCGAUACCAGAAAUUUCAGUAAAAAAUGUCAGCAAAAUUUUUUACUAGAAGAGACUUUCUUUGAACAGUAGGGUCCUUUUAAGCGCUAAUUUCUCAAGAAAUAUUUACCAUCAAUGAAAUCGGAAUAUUUCGUAUCAUUGCCGAAUGAUAUCUGUUGUUCUUUGCAAAGUUUCGCAGCCAUCGCGAUAAAAUCGAAAAAGUUAUGACGGAAAAUUUGUCACAGCUAAAUGCUCUUGUAUUAAUUACGGAGCCACCUUAAGCAACGACGACGGCGACGGCAUCGAGAACAACAAAAAGGCUAUAGAUUAGAUUAGCAAACCAACAACUUUGCAUGUCCAUCACGCUUUUUUGUACAUUUCUUAGUCGACUACGACGUGAAAAUGCCUAAUUUCACGUUUUGUCGAGGACGGGAAUACAAGACAACAACUUUCUUUUUCUUUUCCUGAACUUUGAUACAGUCGUUCAGAAUUCAACUCCAAAAAAAUUUGCCCACAUAUGACGACUUAAACGAGAUAGAAUAAGCGCGAUAAAGUUUGAGGCAGCGCGGAUUCACGUUUUAAGUGACGUUUUCUUAGCCGUCGCCGUAGUUGUUGCUUAAUCUCCCUGUAAUCAGAGUGUUCGUGAGCAAAUUCGUGUUCGUGAGCAAAUUCGUGUUCGUGAGCAAAUUCGUGUUGGUGAGCAAAUUCGUGUUGGUGAGCAAAUUCGUGUUCGUGAGCAAAUUCGUGUUCGUGUCUCGGGCAAAUGGGUCAACUACUUUUUUCUCAUGUAACCGCUCUCUUAAGCCAACUCAGCUGGGAGGGUGACUCUUCCUUCGGGGACAGGCUUUCUCCAUUUAAACGGGGUCUAAGAAUUCAAGGAAACUGGCCUGACUGGUCCGCACCAAGCACUAGAGAUAAGUCUUAGCCCGGUUUGCCAUCUGUUUGGAUGUGAAACUUCCCGUAAGUGUUGAAAGGAUUUAGGUUUAGGCUAUUGUUGUUUCUUUGUCUAACUUUUCAGACGAAACCAUGAACAAACAAGUUCCAAAGUCCAUGGAAUAAAUUUGGCAUCGGCAAGAAGAUGUUUUAGUAUGCUCAACUUUAUGCCACAUCAAUGGGUCGCUAGUAAGGUAAUUGCAAAUGACCGCCACAUUGACAUUUCAUGGCUGGCCUUCAUCUUAGCAUGUCAAUAAAGAGCUUUAGAUUCUAAGACGAGGAGGACUACGAGAACUAGAUUUUCCCAAUACUAUAGUAAGUAGUGCGCGCGUGCGAACCAACGUCAUUUUGGCGGGAAAAUGUGAUAGCCAUCGUAGCCAUCGUCAUUCUACUACGAGUUUUAGCGAGAACGUCGUGGAGGCGAAAACUAGUUAUGAAAUAUUAGGAAUUUUAUCAUUUAGCGAUCAGAAAAGGGCUUUACCUCCUUCAACGGAAAUAAACGAACUAACUGUUGUGAUGAAAAAAGUACAAUGGUGCUUUCCAAGGGAAGUAGUGGAAGGGGUGGAUGUGCCUUGUCAUUCGUCUUCUUCCCUUUCUCUGUGUUUUCCUAUUCUUCCAUCCUUGCAGUGCUUUCUCUCUCCUUUUCUCCUUCUCUCCCUUUAUUCUCUUCUCACGCCACUUCCUUCUUUUCUGCCACAGUGGUUUCAUCUUAGGAUUUACAUGUAUCAAUUUUUUUUAUUGUUUUCUCUUAUCUCCCAAUACCUUUCUGUUCGUUUAUUUUCAGAUGUUUAACGCAAUAAAGCAAGGUGUCGUUCACUCCCUACAGCAGCCUCCUCCUGAUAUCGAGGCUCUGAGGGUUUAUUUGCUGCUGCCAGAAUUUUCCAUUUAUCAAAAGGAAGAACAGUACGACGCAAUUGUUAUUCCAUUUGGUGAAGCUAUCCUGAGAUUAUCAGUUGAUGCAGGCAAAGUGUUAAGUGAGUAUGAAAUAGAGGAUAUUACACGGUGGCGCGAAGAUAUGAAUUUUAUUUUCGAGUGGCAAAACAAUAUUUUACGAACGAGCGCAGCGAGUGAGUAAAAUAUUGUUUUUGCCACGAGAAAAUAAAAUUCAUAUCUUCAAUCCGCCGUGUAAUGUUCUUUUUAUUAUAUAGACAAAAAGACAUCGAUAAAAUAAUAGAUUUUUAUGCGCCAAAAAGUAAUUNAGAGGAUAUUACACGGUGGCGCGAAGAUAUGAAUUUUAUUUUCGAGUGGCAAAACAAUAUUUUACGAACGAGCGCAGCGAGUGAGUAAAAUAUUGUUUUUGCCACGAGAAAAUAAAAUUCAUAUCUUCAAUCCGCCGUGUAAUGUUCUUUUUAUUAUAUAGACAAAAAGACAUCGAUAAAAUAAUAGAUUUUUAUGCGCCAAAAAGUAAUUGUGACGGCUCACAUUUACAAUACAGCAAUAUAAGACAUUGUUUACAAUAAUCUGGAGAAAUAACACUGAGCUGAAUAGGGCUCUACAUUGACAAAAUAUAAGCAAAGCUGAAAAAUGUGUAAUUAAAAUUCAAAGGACGCAAGACGCCUACAAAUUUUGGAGGGAAAUUACCGAAAUUACGUCAUCGAUAAACUCACGUGUGAGAUUAUGGAAAAUAAACCACUCGGGUCCGGGAUGUAGUUUUUAUGAAUUUUACGAGUGGUAUAUUUUCCAGUAAAACACUCGUGUCUAUAUAAUAAAUAUGUUUAAUUAAAUUACAAUCAUGGACAAAAGUCUUGGGACAGUUGUACAAUUCGAACGCUUUUUAACACACGCGAAAUUGUAUCCGCGCGCUACUAACACUGUACGUCCCUACCCCCUCCCCCCACCCCACAGACAGUGUUGAAACCGUCAAGGCACAAUUCCUUUGAUCUUUCAACAUUGUAUUGGGUGGGGAGGGGGAAGAGGACAUGGAUUUGUAAAAAGACAGCACUGCUUUUUGCGACAGAACUUGUGAAACGCAUAGAAUUGAAGUUACGUUCUGACUGUCCCAAGGACUUUUGUCCAUGAUUGUAGGUUUAAAAAACAGGUACGGAAAAAACGGUCUUUUACACAGAAUUCUAAUGAACUUUGACAUCUUACAUAAUUGCAACAAAAGUAUAGUAAACAACUUUUAGAAAGAAAACAAAUUUAAACCGUUUUAACCAAACAGCGUUUAAACAUGUUUAAGCUUUGGUGUGAAUGGGGCAUAAGUGACACCGUCGUUGUUUGACAGCGAUUUUUCAUAAGUUCUUGAAACGAUAGAGAAGUGAAUUGUGUCGUCACAAACGCUAAAAUUUGUGAAAUUAUAGGAUUGGUUGGCAUAUUCAGAAAGAAAAACGUGAAAAAAAGUCCUAUGCCAAAAAUCAGACUGUUAGUGCAAACAGGUGGGAAGAUCAGUGUAAGCACCGUCGUGCUCUGAUAACACCAUACACAUCUUUCUAAAAUUGGCUUGGAUCGUAUCAGGCCAAUUUUAAAAGGAUUUGGAUGGAGUCAUCGGAGCAUAGCAGUGCUUAUAUUGAUCUUCCCACCUGUUUGCACUAACAGGCUGAGUUUUGGCAUGGGGACUUCUUCGUCUUGUUGUUUCAGAAUAUACUGACCAAUCCAGUAAUUUUACAAAUUUUAUUUGUGUGACGUAAUCACUUCUCGUGUCUAUUACGCACGAACAAUACAAGAGGCUAACGUAAAUAUAGCGAUUUGAUUGGCCGAUCGAAUGAAUGCAAACGCGCGUGCCUUUUGUUUGGUUCAGCGAACUUUUUUUCGAUUCUCCAUGAUAUCAUUUUGCAAUAAUAUUGAACAAUCGAACGAUGCUUUGAUCAUCUAUGUAUUUUUUUUCAGGACGAUGGUGGUCCACAUUACCCUCAACAUAUUUUUCCCACACAAUGAAGGUUUGAGUAUUUUAAAUAAUGUGUUUGUGUUGAAGUUAGCAUGAUAUUUCACUGAAUGAGAAAGGUUUGGUUUCAACACCCUACAAACAGAGCCUCUUCCUUUUGUCUUUUUGAGUAAGGAGGAGAAAACGAGGCUCUUCCUGAAUCGCGUCAAACCUUUCAACUCACCGCAGCUCAAACUUCUGAACUAAUCAAUCUUUUGUCAAACAGGUUUAUUCGAGUGCGAGUACCCGCUAUUUGAUAUAGCGAUGGUCACAAUCGAGCCCGCAGUAGCAAGUGCUCGGCUAUUUAACAAUUAUUCCUCGAGCCCGAAUGGGCUCUGAGUCAAUAGCCCAUGAGGCCGAAGGCUAUUGACUCAGCGGCCAUGAGGGCGAGAGGAAUAAUUGUUUUAGUAAAAUCCAGCUAGCUAGUUGGUCAAAAAUAUGGAGACAAGACAGCUUUAGCUAGCAAAACACGAUUCAGCCGCCAUUGUUUUGGUCUCCAAAGCCCGCGCUUUUCGCUACUAGUGGGCCAUAACAUAUAGCCUAGUAGUAGCUCAACCAAUCAGAACGCAGCAUUGAUAAUAGACCACUAGUUGGAUUUUACUUAUAGACCUAAACUAUAUGCUAGGAACAUGCCGCGCAUACUCAACAAAGGUCUUAUUUGAUUCAUGCAGACUCUUUCUCAAGCAUCUUUUUUCUCACCCUGCGAGCAGAGCCUUCCUUUGUCUUCUUGAGUGAGGAGGAGAAAAGGAGGCUCUACCUGAAUCACGUCAAACCUUUUGAAGUCGCCACAGGCCAGUCAUUUGGACUAGUCAGCCUUGUUUUCUCUCGUCAAACUGUUAUUUUUUUUUUCUUGAAUGCGAGCAUAGGUUUAUUGAUAAACUGAUAGCCAUAACCGAGCCUGCUGUAGCAAGCAGACGGCUUUUAGGCCUGGGCUCGAAACUAUAUCCUAGCAACAUGGGACGCAUGCUCAACAAAGGUCUUAUUUGAUUUAUGCAGUCUUUCUCAAGCAUCUUUUUUCCCACCCUGCGAGCAGAGCCUCCUUUUGUCCUUUUUAAUGACGAGGAGAAAAGGAGGGUCGCAUCAAACCUUUGAGGUCGCCGCAGCCCGACCCGAUCACUGAGUGAGUUUAUACUAAGAUUCAAUAUUCAUCUGAUCAAUGCCAUUCACUUAUCUUUUACAUCCAGUUCGCCUCAGAUUUAUCAAGUUCAUCAAAACUAUUCUAAUCCAGCUACACUGCAUUAGUCGAUCCGCCAGUUGCCGUAUUUUGAUUCCAUGUGUUACAAAGUCCACCGUUUUUAUACCGACCGGUCAAUAAACCGUAGUUUUCUGUGUUUUAUUUUAGAUGUUUCAAGACUGUGUCAAGUACUUACUUCAUUUCCCUCCUCCAAAGUUGAAGGAUGAGGUAGUUCAGUAUUCCUGUUGAUUAUUAUUCUACGAUUACCAACAUAUCACGGUGAACAACUACUGAACACUGCAAAAUAGUGGUGUGAACCCAUGGGCUUGAACCGACGAUAGACUAUUCCAAGCCCAAGUUGGUGACUUUGUUUUCAAGAUUGAGGGAACGGUCUAUUGACACUUAUGAGGAAACUAAUAGACCUUAUUAUUCACUCAAAAUAUUUCCCCGAUUCUGAUUGGCUAAAAGCACACGCAUAAUUCACCAUAACCAGUUACUGAUGACCAAAUUUGGAAGAAUUUUGUGUUUAACGAGGAAAUGGCGUCAAAAAUGCAGCGUUCUUGCAGGUUAAGGCACCGUUAACCGAGAAGACUUUGGGCGAGGUUGAGUUGUUUUGGUCGUGAAAACAAAAAAUGGCGGACAUUUCACUCGUUUCAAGAGUAAGAACUAGGCGAAACAGUAGCUAAAAACAUGGCAGGAACAGCAAGAACACAACUCGAAGGGCGACAUCUGCUAUUUGGAGAACAUUUGCGGAGCUGAAAAACCCUAAACGUGCACUAUCGAAGGUGAACUUAACAUCGAUGGAGGUAAGCAUGUUUUAGCUUUGUUUUUAAACUAGGAAUUAUUUUGAAUGAAUAAUAAAACAGUUAUUGAAUUCGGCUUUCGUAUCUUAUGAAGAAUUAUGGAGAUCGAGGAGGGUGUUAUCCGCGAUAACACCCUCCUCUAUCUCCAUAAUUCUUCAUAAGAUACUCAGCCUCAUUCAUUAAUUGUUAAUUUAUCACGCGUCAUAAAAGGAAAUAAUUUUUACUUGUCUAGACUAUUUUUUGUAUAGUUUUGACGAUAAUUUAACGUUAAGAUUAAUGUAAUGUUUUUAGGCAAUACGACGGCAAGCAGGACUGGCAAAUUGUUUAGGGGUCUUGGAGCAACUUCAUGUGGUAAGUUUAAAACCGAUUUGCCUGACGCACGUAGGUAACGUUUGAUUAUUAAGGUUGGCUUUUCGCUGUACAAGUCCCCGACUGGAGAAAAAUAUUGAUGUCUCCUUCCUAUCAAUCAGGUCAUUUGCCCCAGCCGCAUGAAUGUCUAGCAACUUGCAGUUAUCAUUGAAAGGUGUAUCUUUAUCGUCCUUUGUUAUUAUUAAGACCCUAAGCACCGGUCUGAUUGAGAAGAGAACCUGUAGCCUGAAUUUCAGACAUUCCUUCCAGUCGCAUACUCCUCUCACUCGUCCUCUCACUCGUGAGAGAGUGCGAUUCGAGGGUAUGUUAGAAAUUCAGGCUAGUAGAAAUGGCUCCUAGACAAUGUUUUUAUUCUCCGUCGUGCGGGAAGCCAACAGUAAUCAGCCGUCCUUAAGCAAAAAAGCGAAUUCGCGUUCUUUUAAUCAGUUUCAUCGCGAUUAUUUUAACUCACUUACUUUGUCAAAUUGUCGAAUUAUCCUGGAUUUGAAUUCCUAAGAACAAUAUUCCAAGUUCAAAAAUGGAAAGAAAGUUUCGUCGUUACUUGCUUGCAUCGUCCAUAGAAAGUGAAGUUAGAUUCUUUUACGUCAUAGUCCUGAAGUGACGGCAAAGAAAUGUACAAAAAAAUUGAUUGUUGUUUUGCUAAUUAUUUUUACUGCCUUUUUUGACAUUCUCGUUGCCGCCGUCGUCUUUGGAUCUUCUUGUCCCUUAAAGCGAUGGCCCGACGGACCUUUUGAAGUGUCAUUUUCUUUUUACACUUCCUUAACCAAAUACCCUUUUGUAGAUUUUUGUGUACUAAUUUUUUAUUAGUGAAUUUUAAAGCAAGCGGGCCAUUAUAACGAAAGCCACCAUGGCCACAGUCAUUUCUGUCAAAGCUCAAGAAGUAUUUAAUUUUUUGAGAGUAUUCGUGUCACUGCCUGACUGUGCAGCUGUGCAUUUUCUAAAGACUUCAAAAAUAGUAGAUGAUUAAAUGCCGAUUUUGUACAAAUUCUACAGGUUAACACGGAAUCGGGUUAUAUUGUGCCAUUCAAUCAGUUUUACAUCCCUGAGAUUCAACAGACUAUCGAUAUCAGAGCCGACUACUUCAACUGGAUUCAGAAUCAGGUAAUUAGAACAACAAAAACAACAAUAACAACAAGCUAGAACAACAAUAACAACAACAGCAACAAUAGAAAUGUUAUACGAAAGCUACAAUGUCAUGUUACAUUGCUUGCGGCCGGCACGGUGGGUACUUGGGGCAAUUUUGCUGGAUAUGUGCCGCUGGCCUCUUUGAACCCCCACCCCCCAAUGGUCCAUUGUGUGGCCAGUUAUAGAGCCCGUAAUUAAUUUUUGGGCAAAUUCUCUAUUUUCCAAUUGCCCAUAAUACACUCUGUUUGCCCCCCAAAUUCUGCAUAAACCAUUGUUUUUAAAUGCUCCUGGGAGUAUUGCAUUUUCCCAAGAGCAUUUUAAGACAAUAAGUUAUGCAAAAUUUGGGGGGCAAACAGAGUGUAUUAUGGGCAAUUGGAAAAUAGUCAAUGUAAUUUUUGGCAAUCCCAAUUUAUUCAUUUUUUUAUCACUUUUGAAAACGCGAAUCUUCCCAUUUCUAAACCUCCUCUUACCAGGUUUUUUCUCAAUCCAAAAUCCUUAAAAUGUGCGACCUCAUUUUAGUAACUCUCUGGAAAAUGCAAUGCGACGCAAUCUUGUAUUGACAGAAUUUAUGAACAUGGGCUUCCCGUUCCAAUCCACCCAGAGGCUACUUCAUAUCGAAAACCGUUGGUUGUUCUUCGUUUACUUGAUACUGUUACGGGAUAUCGCACCAGAAUGAAAUUCUCUCUUCGGUACAGUGACCGUGGUAUUUCGCGUUUGGAUAUGACAAUUUCUGUUGGUGGUGUCAUGUAAACGAAUACAGAGCUACGAGAGGAAACCGCGGUGAAAUCUUGUCGGUUUCAUUAAUUUCUUGCCGGUAUCCCGUAAACAGUUUACAAAUCUAAGCCUGAGAAAACAGCCGACAUUUCGAUACGCCUCGACUGGUUUCCCCGCGAAAUUACGUCCGAAGAACGACUGCAGAAAUUCCAUACUGAUGUAGUGUAACUACCAAGAUCUGGGUAGUACUUCUGAUUUGUUAAAGCAGAUCUCCCUCGCGUCCCAACCAAUCAGAGUACACUACCCAGAUCUGGGUUACGUAGUCCAUGUCGUCAGUGUGAAAUUUCUGCUGUCGUUCCUCAGACGUUAUUUCCCAGGAAAAUCGCGAAAGGUUGCUUGUUUUCUCAGACUACCAAAUCUUAGAUGCAGUCCAGAAAAGGCUAAUUGAACCUCUAGCAGUUUGCCUGCAGCUUUUUUUUUUUUUUUCACCUGCUUCUCCUUUUGUUUAGAUUGUGACAAACCUUCAAGAAUUACGGCACCACCUGUAUCACGUGGUAGGCCUUUCAUUUUCAAAAGCUCGUUCAACCAAUUCCAUAUAUAGCAGCAUGGAGAUCGCCAUUGCCACGUGACUUGUAGUCUGCUACACGGCCGUUUUUAGUGUUGUCACGCAACGCUCCUCCCCAGUGGAAAGGAGCAUUGCGUGGCGACUCUAAAAACGGCUGUGUAGCAGACUACGUGACUUGCUGCUUAUUCAAUCACAACGUGAAAGAAAUGGGCCACUUCCGAGUUUCCAAACCCCUCACUUUCAAAAUGAGGUUAAAUGCAAAACCUGUUAUGUGAAAAUGAGUUUCAUUUGUACAACAACUUAAUUUCAUUUUGGUAUCGGAAUUUGCACUUACCCUCGGUUUAAAAAAGAGGCUGGGGCAACUCGUAGCUCGCCUAUUCAGGCUUGACUGGGAUUCAAACCCUUAUUAGAGACCUUUAGAUUCGGGGACGAGGACGAGGAUAGAAUUUGACUUGAAAACCCUAUACCUUCCAUACAGACAAGAUUUGACCUGAAAACCCUAAUACCUUCCACUCAUACAUACAAGAUUUGACCUCUAAACCCUAUACCUUUCAUACAUACUUCGCAUCAUUUUUAUGGUUUUAGACGUUGUAUCUUACGCCAAUUUUAUAUAUAUAUAUAUUUAGCUCCAGGCGAAUAUUUUCUCAUCUCUGAUAAAGCCGUUUAAAAAGUUAAAGGCGUCAUGAAAACGGUAUUGUUAUUUUAAAUUUUUUAUCGUGCUCUUGAAGGGCAACAUGAACAGAUUACCGGAAAGCUUUAUUGUACUCCUUUUCUUUGCCUGCAAAAUUUUCCCGUUUAUUUGAAUUGGAGGACGUCAAGCCCUCUCCCCAUCGCAAAACGAUAAAACUUUUAACGUUUGAUAACUUGUUCCCGCUACUACCACACUCUUGCUUAAACCCUGUAUUCACGUUUUCCCGCCAAAAUGACGCUGGUUCACUCGCGCGUAUUACUUAGUAUUGAGAAAAUAUCGUUCUCGUCUUUGGAUCCAAAGGUCUCUUAUAAGUUAAUCAAGCCAACCGGAGAGCAGGUCAAUCGUGUGUCCAUCAUAUACCCGAUGGUGGUGAUAAAUAGCCUCCGUUGCAGAAGUAGACUACCCAUGUUAGUAGCGUCUGCGAAGCGGCGCUGAUAUCCUUGUUCUGUUCCGCUCACGGACUCAACGUAUUUUUGGAGAUGCGUUGCAUAUUUCCCUUUAACCUGAUUGGCAAAUCGACAAUGGAUUUUUUCACAGGCCAAGCAUGGCGCGGGCUCAAAUCCUGUUACACGGGUGGGGGCCCCGAACAAGGGUUUCGGCGCUGUUUCACAUACAGACUUAACCAGGCUCCAAUUGUUGAAAAUGUGGAUAACGCCGUCCACUGGAUAAAUCUCUAUCCGGUGGAAAACGAAAUUGGUUUCCCUAAUGCUUAUCUGCUGGAUGGUGAUUCAUCCGGUGGAUAGCACCAUUCAGCAUUUGAACAACUAGUGCCAGAAGUUUAGUUCUGCCUUUGGCGUAGGCUGUUGAUAAAAAUCUGUGAAUAUAUGGCAUGAUUCAAAUUUUAAUUUCGGAUGAAACAGAUGAUUGUAGAAGUAGUUCGUAUUCAUAUCCUUGUGAAGACCGCCUUAUGUGCCCUUUUUUUGUUUCAUCUGUAGUUCAGUUAUGAUCUAUUUCAUAUAUUCCCGCUCUUUGUGUACCUCGUACAUUUAUUGUAAACUCUUACACAACUAAUAAAAAUGUGUGUAAAUUUUUUUAAGUAGUGGUAUGAUCACAAAUUUUGUUUACGAUGGUGGGAUUUUCCUUUACAGCAAACGUUUUCUUUCUGUCGUUACCCAUUUGUGUUUGACGCUGAAGCCAAAACUACGUUAAUGCAAACCGAUGCUGUAAUGCAGAUGCAAGUAAGUUUAGACAACACUUAGAUAUAUAUGUACAUGCGUCAAUAACUGAGUGUGGCGUCAAGAUUGUUAAAUUUUGGCGAAGGUUAUUGCCCCCUCUCCUCGUUUGAAAAAAUAGAAUAAUAUAAAAUAAAAUCAAUUAAAGAUUUACUUUAGGGGCAUUUUUUUUGGCGGAGACAAGGUGGAAAUCCCAGAGCGAGAAGGAUACGUCCACCUUGUUUGUUUGAGUGGCCAAUCGUAAGACAAGUCUCUUGCUCACGAAGCCAGUGCUAGAAUCAUCGCGUUUUCCUACUCUUCUUGUUCCUGUGGUACAAAGCCACAAAUUUUCAAGGUAUCGGAGGCGACUGCCAAUAAGCUGCCCCCGCUGAUGUUAUCAGGGGCAUCUCGGCCGGGAAACUGGACUCCUUUCGACUCGAUUUCGUUUCCAUAAGUGACGAACGCGGAUCCGUAAUCAAUGAUUACCUCUAGUAUUUAACAUAACCAUUGCUGCGUACUAACGUUUAUUGAAGGUACUGCAAAACCGUGCAGUUGGCUAAGGUAGGCUAUCGCUUUCAGACAAAUGUGGCUAGCCAAAGCUGCUUGCACUACCGCCAUGCUUAGCUAUUAUUGCAAUUUACGAUGUGGACGCGAAGCUGUUUGGAAACGUAAGGUGGAUUUCCACUGUCGCUUAAUUGGUUCGUGCGUAAGCACGUAAAGUGUACGCGCCUAAAUGAAGUAGAGGCAAUAUAUGGAUGGUUGCGUAAACGAAAAAGUUAAACCUCGCUCUCAACUUUUACGCUUACGCUCGGUCUUGGAUGCGUUGCCUCUUGCGUAUGCACGUAACAAUGAUCCACCCUUCAUACUCUUAGGUAUCUUAUUUCGGUUGGUAUAUUCAUCGUUCUCUUCUUUCUGUUUUUCAGUCAGCUGUUGAGGAGGUGAACCGCCGAAAUGUUCAAUCAAUGGUAUCGCAAAUGCCUAUUGACCCUGUUAAUCCAAUAUUGGUUAUCGUGGUCAAGAGAGAGAAUAUUGUCGACCACACCCUAAAUCAGAUUAUGAAGUGUGGACCGUACGAUUUGAAGAAACCUCUUAAGGUAAUAGGUAGUUUUAGCAGCUUCGAGGGACAAAUGAGAAACUUAAGCGAAAACUCGACAGGAAGGUUUUGAAUUCUUUAAAUCUGCGCACACUGACCGAACGUCACUCUCGGUAAGCAUGGUUCUCUAAAAAAGGCCGAUGAUCGUGAGGACAGUGUUUAUAUGUUACCUUGGCAACUUCGAAGAUGCGGGUUACAAUGAGUCGGUGAUGUGGCAUAAUUUCUGCAUUAAGUGGGUCACGUCGCUGCGAGCUGCAGACGGUGUUUUAAAGGGCUAUGGCUGUUUUAGAUCAAUUCUGUGCUAAAGUCAUUACUUAGUGUCUUUUCCCAUUCACAAAAUGCUAAGAAGAUGUCAAACAAUAAUCAGGGAGCACUGAGUCUGGUGAUCAUUUUGUUAAUUCUCGUAACCAUUUCUCUUGAUUAUGUAUUGAUUCAGUAAGGAGAAAAUUGAUGGCAGACACUCCUAGGACUUCAUUACUUAGUGCCUUUAACCCAUACACAAAAUGGACCUGUAGAAUUAUGAAGAAGAUAUAAAACAAAUUUCAUUAGGGAGCACUAAUCAUGAUAAGUUUUUGGUGAUUUUUGCAAGUUCUAAACCUUAAAACAUGAAAACGUUUGCCCAACAUUUUCAACUUCCAAUCCAUGUCGUCCAUGGUUGCCAUUCGUUGUAACAAACGACAGGAAACGUUUCAAUGCUUGAAUAUGUAGUUUGAAAUAACAAAAGCGGACCUUUUGGAAAUUAACGGAUGAAAAAAGGUUACGAAUUAUUUCAUCUCAGAAAGGACUCGUUGAAAUAGAUAACAUCAACUAAAUCCGUACAGAAAUCGAGUGUUAAGUACUGAAAUUUGUAUAGCUUUGUACUUCCAGGGUCAAUAAUUGACUUAGCUAACUAGCAAAGGUUUUAUAAGCUACAGUAGUAACAACGGUUUUUACCCUGUUGAACCUUUUCAGUCUGAAGUCUUUGUACUCGUCCAAUAUAACUGAGAAAAAAAUACUACUACUUCUAAUAAAAUUUCAGCUUCUUACCGUAAAUCAGUCACAGGUUCUUGUAUGCUGCUUAGUACUGUAUUCUAAAACGGGACCUUUUUGGCAGGUUGUGUUUGUCGGCGAAGAGGGUAUAGAUGUUGGCGGUGUAAGGAAGGUAAUAUAUAUAAUAUUCAAGUGAAUGGCUCGUCACGUAGGGGAAGGAACGCGUGACCAAGACCUAAGAACUUCUACGUGGGAGGCUACAAAGCCGUUGGAGACUAUAAGCAGUAAUUAAAGACCUAUAUUCAAUUCCAAAACACUUACUUUAAGAUAAUGAAUUGUUUUGCAGUAGGUUGUCAAGCCAGGAGCUGUAGGUCAAUGUUGCUGUUCUAUGCUACCUUGCUUAUCCAAACGUAACAGGUUUCCUUGUGUAGGCUUUAUGAAGGUUGUGCUCUAGCAGUGCCCAGUAACCCCUGCCCCCUGCCCCCUGCCCCCUUAAUUUUGCUCUUGAGCAUUAUACGAUUCUGGGAAACUGCCCAGCUAUCCCUCCCUCAAGCCAACAUUUUGCCUUAAGGACGUUCGCGCUAAUUGUUUCUGCGCAUCCCUACUGCACACGUAAUUCAUAGCGCAAUAUCACGCCACGUCAUGCAUCGAGUGCGCGCGCUGAGAAAACUGUCUAAGCACAUAUAGGGUUGGUAGCCGUUGCGUUAACUUCGCUUGCAAUUUACUUUCUUAAAUGCGCGGUGACCCCCCAGUUUUUUUCGGUAGACCACUUUCUCUUCCACUUUCCAAUAGAUUGUGAAAAAUUGAACAAAAAAUCAAUGUGGAAAGGUAAAAAAUUUCCAAUUUUUCUGUGUACGCGGCGUCAAAUUUUGGCAUUCGUGCGGCUGUUUGGAGAGUAGAAAUGCGUCCACUAAAUGAUAAAAUCAACUCUGAGGAAGUUUUUUAGUUCAACGAAUUUUGUUUAAGGAUCCAGAAGAACAAUAAUUGGCGAAUAAAAUUUCAAUUCAGGGAUUUAUUUAUAUACUUUUUGCACAAACAGGCACUUUAUCCGUAUGCAGUAACGAAGCCCGAUUUCUCAGAUUUUGGGUGAUCUUUUGAACAUCAUAGCUCCGAAACGAAUUCGGUGACCCCCCCAAUUUUUUUACAUUUUUGACAUGAGUAACCCAUAAUCUCAAACUGGUGAAAGUUUCAGAAAAAAAUCAAUGUUAAAAGAUUUUCGCGCGAACGUCUUUAAGUGAGAAGUAAGUGUUAAUGUUUGUUUAGGGGAGGAGUAGGUGGGCAGUUACCCAGAAACGUAUAAUGAUCCGAAAAUCUUAGUUACUUCAUACAAUUCCUAUGCUGUGCUCAUGGGCUCCCUUUAAUUUUUCUUAGAGCUCAGCCUUGUAUAUGUCGCAAUUAUGUUUUUAUUUCAGUUAAUUUUUGUUUUUCCUUUGUCUGAAAUUUAUUAGCAUACAUGUACAUUACCAUACCCAAAAACAAUGGAAAAAUAAAAAAAUAACUGAACUAAAAAUUAACUACAACAUAUACAUACAGCCUGUUUUUUUUUUUGUUUGUUUGUUUUUUUAACUGUUAUUUUCUCUUUGUAAGACUUCGAAUUAAUUGGAGUGUUUUUAUUCAAUGAUUUAGGAAUUCUUUCUACUGCUUCUGACUGAGAUUUUGGACCCCAAAUAUGGCAUGUUUACAUUUAUUGAAGAAUCAAACACCAUCUGGUUCAAUGACUUGGUAAGAAACAGAAUUUGUAUUAACAUAUUUAUUUCUCAAGAAAAUCUAAAACCAAAGUCGGGAAAAAAAAUUAAAUACUAAUAAGAUUUCAUGUGAGUUAGCUCAUUUCCAGUAGGGUUUAGUCAUCCCAACCUUAUAAAGUAUCAGUACCAUGUUAGAAUGUGUAGGAAAUUAUAGCCUGCGAGCAAGCUCUCCGGGGUGCUCUGGCGGCAGGGCGCGAAAAGGAAGGAGAGCUUGCAACUACGUCUCUGGAAUUUGAAUUCCACCUCCAAUUCCCCUGUGGCUACCGGUCGACUGAGCUGUCAGAUUUCCGGCAACCAGUGCGAAGCGGAAACGAGGGCGAAUGUAAACAAACGUUGAAAAACCCGUGCCAGUGGUAAUGGCAUCAUUACUUAUGUCAUCUCCGCCAAUCAACAUUUCGCAUCGACUUUAUCGAUGCAGAAAUUCAAAUUCCAGAGACGUAGUUGCAAGCUCUCCUUCCUUUUCCCGCCCCGCCGCCAGAUCGCCCAGGAGAGCUUGCUUGUAGGCUAAGGAAAUUAAUGCUCAAUUGCUUUGAAAGAGUGGUCUUUCAGUAGGUUUUCACCUGGAGACUAAAAAAAUAAGAAACACUGUGUACGGUAUAAUCGACAGUACCACUGAAAUGUAGUGCUCAGUAGCUUUCAAACAUACAUACUCAAACGUUUCAGCAUAUUGAUAGUCAGUACUCAGUAAAGAAAGUGCUUCUCGGUCUCUGAUUAUUCCGUAGUUAAAGUAUGAAGGAAUAUAAGUCAACAAUCAUGUUUUGUUUUCUUGCAGACAUUUGAAGAAAAUCCAAUGUUCUUAUUGAUUGGUGUUAUUUGCGGUCUUGCCAUCUACAACUCUACCAUUAUCGAUCUGAGGUUUCCGCCUGUUCUAUACAAAAAGCUUUUGCGAAGGUAAUUUCAGUACUUAUACAGCCAUGUACUCUGAAGCUUGUGGUAGGGUAUUGUAAAUGAAGUCAAACUUUCUUUAGAAAGUCACCAAUGGUACAGAGCUUUGGGUUCCAAAGAUACCCAAACAUGGAGGGUUGAUCGUACUUCAAGAACGAGCACAAACAAUCGCGGGAUAUCAGUGGAUUGACAGCUUGAUUGACAGCUUUGUUCUAGCAAAAUAAACUAAAUCUACCUGACGCACCCUCUCUUUGCUCGGCCGAGGAACACUUUGGGAAUCCCAGCGGUGCCAACAGCCGACCUUCGCUUUUGAAUUUAUCGCGCGCCGUCAUUUCUAAUUUUCUGCGGUCAUUUUCAUGGUAGGCGUCAUAAUUGCGUACUUCUUAGAAAAAAGAAAACAUCGUUUUUUUUUACAAGAAUCGCUUGCCGAAUGACUCCACGCUCGUCAUUCUUGGACUCUGUGAAUAAUUCAGGCAAUUUUGUUUUGCUUUCCUUUGUUGUGUUGUGUUUGUUUCUCACAGAAAGCCAAACCUGGAUGACUUCAGAGGGUUUAAACCUUCAAUUGCUAAGUAUGCAUUUUUUAAUUUUAAAUUUUAUAAUUAUGUCGAAAAAUCAGUGGCCAUGUCGCAUUAGUCCAUUGUCUUGCACAACCCGCCAAAACUUGACAUCAGAUGCAUCAUUCCUUUUCGCGUUUUUGCAUUGCUCCUCGGCCUUUGAUUAUCAGAAGAAAUACUCCGUUUUAUGUUUGGUAUAUUACUUUUUUGUGUUGGAAUAUUAGAUGGCAAACCGGUCGUGUUAAUAUAUUACCUGUCGAUGUUUGGAUAUAAGUUGAAACAAUCCUGGUGCUGAUAGACAAUGUCUCAGUGGUGGAACCAGACCCAACACUCCCCUCGUGUAUCGUGUAUGUCAUGUCUCUGUAUUGGGAUAUUAGAGGAGGCACUCCCUUUUAUGUUUAACAUGUUUCUUGUCAGUGUUGUGAUAUCACAUACCGAAAACACUUAUUACUUCUUGGUGUUAGAUAUCAGAGGAAACACCCUUCUCGUCACUGAUUUUUAAUUUCACGGCCUCGGAUGAAAGAUGGAAUAGUCUUUUUUGUUUAUGUUUGGUAAGAGUCAUGUAAAUAGACACACGUUCUGCAAAGAAAACGUUUAAGCCGAAGCUACGAAUCGAAAACGCCUCGGUGUAUAAUAAUUGAGAACACACACCUCCUUUUUAUUUUUCUUGGCUAUUCCAUUACACUCAACAGAAAUCUCCAAUAUUUGCUGGAUUAUCCUGACGAAGAUGAUAUUGUUGACGCAUUUGGUCUCAAUUUUCAGGUAAGCUUCGUUGUCAAUUUUUCGUAAUCUUUUUCCUCGUAGAGUAAGUGCGAUCGUCAACACGGAAUAAACUUCUUUUUUUUUCUUUUUCUGGUACAGAGGUGUUUGGACAAGCCAUGAUUUUUUAAUGUGUGAGACAUUCAAAAAGUGUCUAGUGUGCUUCAAGUUCCAAACAUGCCCAGCUAUUUUCGUGACAUUUUUUGUAGAUUAGGUGGUUCCACCUAUAUUGUAGCAACUAAGAGAGUUCCUUCACUGAUUGAUUGGAAUAGAGACUCGCCAACUAACUGUCCUUGGGUACGUUUGUCUUCAGAUUGUCCGUGAAAGAUACGGGGCACUGGAAUAUGUUGAUUUGAUUCCUGAUGGAGGAAACACACCAGUUAAUGCUGAAAACAGGUAUGUGAUUGACGAUAAGCGUGACGAAACAAUACCUGUUAAAGGUUUAAGGGUUAAAGAUUUGUUUAUAUAGUCGGAAGUGCACUUAGCUUGUCCUGUUAGUUUACAGGCACACCAUUUAGAUAAUAAGAAACAAACAAUCCAAAUAUGACAGGAUUAAAAAUCACAUCUGGAAGGAGUCAACCAGUAAGCUAUUUACACACUUGGUCGAGGAUCUGAACUCGAGACGACCGAGAACAUGAAUUCAGAAUGUGAUAACAGCGGGAAUCGAACCCGGGACCUCCGGAUCGCGAGACCGACGCGCUGGUCACUCGGCCAUGCUGCCUCCCUGUCUUAUUCGUUUUCUCACCACAGACCCGUUUCGAGUCCAAAGUCUCGGGAACUUUAUUUUACUGGCCCGAAAACCUAAAGAACAAAAGCGUGGUUCCCAUAUUUAACAUAAUCAGUUUUUUGUUUUGUAUGCUGAUGGUUCAAUCAUGAUAUUAUCUGCGAAACUAUUGAAACCGCGAUCUUGAAUGUAAACGACAACAGCUUUUCAGACCCGAUGAUAAUAGGCCAUUUGAACGAUAAUGUCAUUUUACAACUAUGAGAAGAUGACAGAAUCCUUAGGGGGUUUGCUUUCUUGUUUAAGUUAGGGCUUUUGUGAUUACAAAUGUAAAGCUCGCUGGGAUUACCAAAUUUAAAUAUGAAAGGAAAAACGAAAAGGAUUGUGGUCGUAGUAGUGAAAUGACACCAACAUGCAAAUGGCCUAUUAUUGGGAAACAGGCCCCAGGAAACCACUGUAAAAAAAGGAAUCACUUCAAAAGACGACUGGAAAUGACUGUCCGCAUAAGCGCCGAGAUGAAUAGAAUUGUUGGUGAAAAUGAUGUGCGCUUCGACAACCUGUGCGGAAUUUAUUACUUGACCAAUGUUUUCACAUUAUAUUUUUUGCGUCAAUGUUUUUCCAUCCGUCCUGCUACCUUAACAAUAGAGUAAAACACUCGAAUAGGAACAUCCAUAUCAUCAGCGUUAAAAGUAACUCAUGGCGUCCCACAGGGAUCUAUUCUCGGGCCCUUGUUAUUUAGUUUUUACAUGACACUUUUAGGAUCAAAUCUAUUUACUUCAUCUUGAUAAUUUUUCUUAGCUUUUAAGAGUCCUGAUAAUCCUGAUAAUUGUAAAUUAACAUUGAAAAUCCCAGUUUGGGACUUGUUUUAAAUAAACUUAUUGUAUUGUAUUGUAUUGACUCCCCUCUGGGUUUCCCUCGGGACUACAAUCAAUCACACUCGAACUACUUAUGUACCUUUCCCCUGUCGAGUGAUUGAAACAUUUUGACUCAUCCGCCAGUUGUGUCUCUUACUUGCUUCUAGACAGCAGUAUGUCGAUGUAUAUAUUGAUUACUACUUAAACAAGUCAGUGGACAAGCAGUUCCAUGCUUUUUCGAUGGGUUUUCACCGAGUUUGUGGUGGUAAAGUCCUGGUAUGUUGAUGAUAAUUUUGUCUGUAUAACAUUGAUAUGCUCGAUGAGUUUGUGGUGGUAAAGUCAUGGUAUGUUGAGGAUAAUUUUGUCUGUAUAACAUUGAUAUGCUCGAUGAUAAACAAUGUUGUUAUCACCCGGCUUAUCCCUUUAAGCCGCAACAUUCUCUAAACUGAUCUCCAUACAUUUUCUUGAAGAAUUACCUAAGAGAAUUUGAUAAAAGAUUACAGCAUCAUUUCAUUAUUUCAUUUUAUUGAUUAUCAUAAUCUUUUCUCUCUAUAUGGAUACUGACGGGGGAGAAUUGUUUCUAGUCCAAACGGUUGUAUUACGAUACCGCAAAGAGCUGAGUCUGGACAUGUCUUGUCAAACAGGCAACAGUCUUGGACAGAAUUUAGUUUUUGCCAUGUCACAUAACAACUCUAGAUAGGCCAUUUUAACGCCUAAUUUAACUAUAGUACAUUCUCGUGUCUUCUUGUCAUCGAUUACUAGGUUCGUUUGAAACGAGCACUUGAAAAACUCUUUUCCAAAUUUAUGCUGGAAUCAGUGGCCCCAAAAAGGAGAAGCUGAAUGUUUUCGAAAGCUAUUAAUUAUAUUCUACAAAUCGAAGUGUCGUAUGUUUUUGUUCUAAAUCAUUUUAGUGUUUAAUGGAGUGGUGUUUGGUUUUUCUUUAUUCUAAACAUGACAGGAAUUCUUUCAUCCUGAAGAGUUGAUGCAGAUGGUAGUAGGAUGUCAAGAAUAUGAUUUCAAGGAACUUGAGAAGGUAACAGGUGUUAUUGUGGUGUAACGAUACCGUAGGUGCUCGUGAGCAGUUAGGCUACGGUAUGCUCACAUUGUACCAGAUAUCUCUGCGCCGACACGAAAACCAUUUGGUACAAGGCUUUUGUUCACACAUACGGUCGGUGAUUUUGGUGCGAAUUUCUGUAACGGAGCGAACCUGCGCCGCUCCGAUCGUGAAUAAAAAAAUAAAAAAAAUAAGCGGUGCCAACUUUCCUCACUUGCAGCCAAUUGCUGAAUUGCGGAGGAACAAGAGAGGUGAGAUCGGACGUCAGCAGGUACAGGCUCGCUCUUGCAGCCACGUCAGUCCAUGUGUUAAUCACACCUCGCCCACCCAGACCGAUGUCGGCACAAGUCAGAUAGACCAUGACAUCGGGGCCUACGUCCCCUACUCAUUUCGAACAAUGUACUCAUUUCGAACAAUGUCACGGGUUCUUUUACGUCCUCUUCCAACUGAAGGGGAUCGUCACAUAUCAAACAGGUUUCUGCAACCCGUAGUCGCAGUGUGAACAGGUAUUCGAACCGUAGCGGAAGUAAAUGCGUAGGACCCACUGAGACAGAAUUAAAUAUUCAGAAGUGUGGAUUGGGAUCUAGUACUAGUGCUAAGUUCGAUGUGUGGGAGAGACUUGCUUUAGUUCUGCGCCGUUGCCUUUCAUACUCUGGGUUCGCCAGUCUUGAAAAGUCCUUGAAUUUUAGGGGAAAUCCUUGAAUUCCAUUUUUCCUUGAAAAGUCCUUGAAUUUUUCUUCAACUUUGAAUGUAGUGGCCUGAAAAAGAUUUUUGAUGUUUUUUGGUUGUCCAAGACAGAAUAAAAAUCAUAGCUCAGAGAAUUUAAAGGUUAUCUACAUAAAGUGCUCUAUGUUUUAUGCAAUAGUUAACUAUCAAUUUAAGACAAGUGAACUGAAAAAUGUAGAGGAGUUGGUGAAGCAAACAGUUCAAGCCUUAAAGUCUUAUUAGAAUAGACUGGGAAUGUGCAUUUUCGUAUAACCCUGAUACUGUGCUAGAUAGCUUUUCAUGUCUUCACAAAAAGCUGUUCGGUAUAGUAUCGAAAUAGCCUUACAUAGAACGAAAGGGUGAUAGAGGACUAGAAAAGGAUCCUAACGAACCACAACCAGAGGAGCACCCAUAAAGUGAAAUCUGCGUCCAUUUGAAUUUCUUUCAGCUGUUGCUUCAUGGUUGAAUAGUAGGCCCAGUUGACUUUCUUUUCUCCUGAACCUGUUUUGCAGGUGGCUGAGUACAAGGGAGAAUACUACCGCUAUCAUCCUGUCAUCAGAAACUUCUGGGAAGUGUUCUUUGAAUUUCCUGUUGACAUGAAGAAAAAAUUUCUUGGUAGGUUUAAUGUACGAUCAUCAUAAUCAUCAUCAUCAGCAUCAGCAGCACCAGCACCAGCACCAGCAUCAUCACCAACACCAACACCACAACCACCACCACCAUCAUCAUCCCCCUCCUCAUCAUCAUCAUCAUUAUCAACAUCAGCCUCAUAACUUUAUUCAGUCGAUAAGAGACAUUCAUGUAUCAAAAGUUUAAUACGUCAUCAAUUAUCAAUUUCAGAUCUGGUGAAUAAUACAAAAUUAAGAUGGUAAAUGAAAAAAGGUUGCAAAUUAAAUUGAAUCACAUUAUAAGUUAUAAAAAAAAAGCAUAGCCUAUAUAUUUGAUGUUACAGUUAAAAUAUCGCAAGACCCAAGCAUCAGCUACAUUUCUUCUAUCGUAGUAUAUGCUUGUGACAUAUAAAUUAGCCUCCUUAUUUGCUAACUUAUCCUCCAAUGUUUGGCAUAUAGUCUGAUAAGUAGAAAAUGGCCGUGAAAAUUACCUACUCGCAAGGCCUUUUAACCACUAACAACUUAGCGUCUGUUUGCAUUUACAGCGUUUUUAACCGGCAGCGAUAGAGUGCCAAUCGUAGGAAUGAAAUCUAUGAAGGUAAUGUUGUCUUCACGGAAGUGUACUUGGAGGAUUUUUUUUUAGAUUCAGUUUUUGGUGUUGUUCAGUCCAAGACUUUUGGGGGCUUAAGCAACAACGACGGCGAUGGCUCCGAAAACGUCACUCAAAAAGUGAAGUCGCGCCGCUUCAAACUUUAUCGCGCUUAUUCCAUGUCGCUUAAUUUGUCAUAUGUGGGCAAUAGACCUUUUUACCGAUACGGCGGCCAUAUUGAAUUAAUUCGAUUUAAGGAGUAUUAUGGGAUGCUGAGGGGGCAUGAGCACAUUUCGUUUGUAUUUUCGAGCGCUUUUAGGGACAUUUUUUCUUACAGUUUUCUUUAAGUUAAUUCAAUAUGGCCGCCGUAUCGGUAAAAAGGUCUAUUGGUUGAUUUCUGAAGGACUGUAUCAAAGUUUGGGAAAAGAAAAGAAAAGUUGCUGUCUUGUGUUCCCUUCCUCGAUAAAACGUGAAAAUAGGCACUUUUACGUUGUAGUCGUGCAACGACGGCUAAGAAAUGUACAAAAAGCGUGAUGCACGUGCAAAGUUGUUGUUUUGCUAAUCUACCCUAUUGCCUUUUUGCUGUUCCCGUUGCCGUCGCCGUCGUCGUUGCUUAACCUCCCUUUUUUCACUCCCAGAACCAAUCAUGGAGACAGGUUGCGUUUCUCUGCUUCUCAAGGGUAGCAUUGAAAGCUGUCUUGUCGCAUGGGCCCUUCAAAGGAAAAAAAACAUACCGUGCAUGAUGUUAGGCUUAUAGAAACUGGUUAAAGCACUUUGUCUUGUGUGUGUUAACACUUACAAGUACGAAGUAACGUCUUAGUAACUUGAAGAUGUGCUUUGCGUUUCUCUCACAAAAAAUAUCGUAUUAUCCACUCCCCUCGGAGCUUUCCAGCGAUAGUUUACAACUUUGGUUGGGGCGGGGACUUUUGCCAGACUGCUUAUGGCGCAUAUUACAAAUACUUAAGUAUGAGAAAUGAUGCCCCCUAUGUGAGUUUGAGUUUGAGAUAAAACACCACAAGGGGGACUACGUUCCCUAGUCUUUACGAACAGUGUGUAAGUUCUUUAACGUUCCACAGAAUUUAUGUGUGCAAGGUUUGUGAGACGGGGCCUACUGUUUAUCGUCCUUAUCCGAUAAAGUUAAAUUAGGCAAUACAGUGGUGUGCCUCUGCCCCGUGAUCAAAAACGUUUUUCACAUAUAUUGCAAGGUAGCAGGGGUCACAAUCUUAUCCCUUCAGUCAAUCCCUCCAACAUUUAUUUGCGAUGUGUUUCCUCACAGAUCAUAAUACAACCAGUUGCUGGUGGCAUGUACGGCGAUCACCUCCCAGUAGCUCACACCUGCUUCAAUCUACUGGAUUUACCGAGAUAUCCCUCCACAGAAAUGAUGAGAACCAAGCUGAGCCAAGCUGUGGAGUACUCAACAGGCUUUGGGCUUGCUUAAUUUUCUUAUCUCGCAAUAUCAAUUUUGUAGCCCAUGACUCAAGCCCAUGGAAAGAAGAUGAAAAGAAAGAAGUGAAAAAUGACAUGAAAGUAAAGAAGCUGUUGAAAUUUUUUUGUGGGAUGAUAUCCUUAUUCCGCAUCAUGUUGCUGACUGUUUUUUCAUAGCAAAACCAGAUGCUUUCCCAUGGUUAGGCACGUCACAUUUGACAUUGAAGGUUUUUCUUCUAUCCGUGCAGCGUGUAUUUGCUCAACCGUAAUGUCUUGAAUAGAAUGGCAUGAUGAACUGGAAGGGAUGUGAAGAAUGUUAUAAAACAUGUCACACAAGAGAGAAAAGAAAAGCUGUAGCUCCUCUACUCUGAUGAGAAAAAAAUAUGACAGAAUUUGAGGCUUGGUAAAGAAACCUUCUUUCCCUGCCUAUUGAGCUUCAAAGUAACAACAAAAACAACAUUAACAAAUACCAUCUUAAACUGUACUCUUAGGAAGAAUGGUGGCGUGGAUCGAGAACUAGAAAUAGAUUGUUUAGACUUUUUUUACUAACAAAGAGGGCCAACACCACUGACCUCAUUUCUGAUGUUGUAAGACGUUGGCCUUCUUGAACGUUAGAGAAGAGCCGCUGUGUCAUUGAACUGUAAAUAUUACCAUGCAAAACCUUAUUUUCUACCCAAGCAUCAAGAUUUUCUCCAUAGGGGUGAGCCUUUCUUGCACCCUGGUGGCAUGACAAGGACGACAUGCAGACGCUCAGAGCAUGUGUCUGGAAGUGUCUCUGCUUUCAGCCGAAAAUAAUAUAACGUUUUUUUCUCUGGGAAGACCAAAAAGGAUACAUUUGUAAUUAUUGAGUGACACCUUAUCUCUGCUUUGAGCAGGAGGUAUGAAAAUGUAUAAAAUAAAUGGGAAUUUUUCAGAAUAUAUCCCUACAAACCAUAGUUUAUAGAAGAGCCUGGUUUUGAAAGCUGGCAAACAUCAAAGUUGAAAACAACGGUGCUGUAGUUUAUGGUGGAAGUUCCCUGACCGUGAACAAUCUUCUCAAAGUUCUUUGUUCACAAAUUGUGACUGAAUAAAUUAAUGCGAUGUUUCUAUUAGUAGUCAGUAAGUUCAAAAUGAUAGGAAUGCUAUUGAACGUUGUGCACGGUAAAGUCCAAAAAAGCUAACAAAAACAUUUUACAAAGGGCCGGAGUCUAACGGAUUUCAUAACCAUUCCACUUCAAUAAGUAUGUGUAGGCUUCUUGUUGAAAGUUUUACCUCUGUUGUUUUUCACUCUGCCAAAACGAAGCAACCAUAAUCUCUACGGGGGCAAUAAAAAAAGCGGAUCAGUCUAGGUUUCUUGGAAACUGCUCACCUACCCCUCCCCUAAGCUAACAUUAACACUUACUUCUCACUUAAAGCAAAAUGAUGGCUUAGGGAAGGGGCAGGUGGGCAGUUUCCCAGAAACCUUGACCUUUCUCAGCACAGUUUGUUAACUAUUUGGCAAACAAUUUUAGAGGCGUUUUACAUAUAACACGUUGAUUGCAAUUAUAACGUUAACAAUCUUUACUUUUUUGAUCGAAAAACGAUUGAUAAAGAUACCACGAGAGUCAAAUGGUUCUAAACGUUGGGGAAAUAAGUCGUACAAAAAAUACGUUAAAACAGCUGAAGGUUUUUUUGACUUCCAUCUCUUUGAGAGGAGCGAACAUAGUUUUAUCAAAGUUGUAAUCAUCC